UGAAUCGGUUCUGUAAGCGCGUGUGAGGUGUGUGUAGUAGCCGGUGUGUGUGAGAGGGUUUAUAGAUUAAUCCAGUAUUAAAUUCUGUAAUAAUUCAGUUCCUGCCCGGUUUAUUAAAGCGGUGCGGAGCAGCACUGCAGUGCAGACCGGAGACCCAAAGAUGACGGCGCAGGAGGUGCGGUUGUGUGGGCUGCUGCUGCAGGAGCAUUUUGGGGAGGUGGUGGAGAAGAUGGGGACGGAGCUCCUGAGGAGUGGAGCUCUAAACCUGAGAGCUUUAGCCCAUCAGACCAGCACCCCACUCGACCUGGUGAAGAAGUCUCUGUGUGUGCUGGUCCAGCAUGGGAUGUGUGUGUUUGGACCGGGCCGCCGGGGUCCCGGGGGUCCGGUGGAGUACACGGCUAACUGUGAGCGUAUUCUCUACAUGCUGCGCUACCCACGAUACAUCUACACCGCCAAGAGCCUGUACGGAGACACUGGCGAGCUGGUGAUCGAGGAGAUUCUCCAGAGGGGUCAGAUGACCAUGAGCUGCACCGUGAGGACCGUCGCCGACCGGCUGACCCACAGCAUGGAGGAUGGUCAGAGUAUGGAAUACAGUGAGGUCAUCACUGCGUUUACCCGGUUGGUGGAGACCCAUUUCCUGCAGCGCUGCCCUCCAGUGGACAGUAUGGGAACAGCUGGAAAAGCAUCUUCAGGAUCAUCGGACGCUUCCGCUGUUCCCCAGCCUGCUCGGCCCGAGACUCACCCAGACUGCUAUCUAAUACCACAGGUCCACCUCACCGGUCGGGGGAAACGACGGCGGUCGAAUGAAGACGGAGAGGCAGAAGAAAUAAAUGCAAAAAAACCCAGACUGGAGAAUGAGGUGUGUGGUGAUGAGGGGAUUUUCUGGCAGGUGAAUUUUGAGAGGUUUCAUCUGCAUUUUAGACAUCAGUCCAUCAUCAGUGCUGUGGCCUCCAAACUGGACCCGACGAGCAGUGAGAUCGUGAGGACCAUGCUGAGACUGAGUGAAGUUACCACACCAGCUAACACUGCACACACACAGGCCCUUUCAGCCAACGAGAUAUUUAGAGCUCUUCCUGUCAGCUACAACAUCAGCAGACCCAUUCUGGACCAGUAUCUCACUCUACUGGUGGACGAUCCGAUGGAGUUCGUCAGUAAGACGGGAGACAGUGGAGGAGGAAUGUAUGUCGUCAAUCUGCACAGAGCACUAGCUAACCUGGCCAGAGUUACACUGGAGUCUGUGGUCCAGGAGAGGUUCGGCUCGCGGUCGGCGCGGAUCUUCCGGCUGCUGUUGAGAAAGAGACACCUGGAGCAGAAGCAGGUGGAGGAUUUUGCGAUGAUUCCGGCGAAGGAGGCUAAAGAUAUGCUGUACACCCUGCUCUCCCAAAACCUCGUCCAGCUGCAGGAAAUCCCCAAAACCCCCGACUUCGCCCCGUCCCGCACCUUCUACCUCUACACCGUCAACCAGCUGCCCACUGCCCGCCUACUGCUGCACAACUGCUACAAGGCCGUGGGUAACCUGAUUGAGAGGAGGCUGUUUGAGACCAAAGAAAACAGGCGUCUGUUGGAGAAGUCUCAGCGGAUCGAGGCGAUCCUGGCGUCGCUGCAGGGCGGCGGGGCGGACGCGGCUCAGCUGAGUGACGUGGAGGAGAUGAUCACCGCGCCGGAGAGACAGCAGCUGGAGGCUCUCCGCCACCACAUCAACAAGUUGGACUCCAGUGAAAACCAGGUGGACGAGACCAUCUUCCUCCUGGAGUCUUACAUUAACUCCACCCAGUCCUCACACUGAACUGUGUGUGUGUGUAUGUGUGUGUGUGUGUGUGUGUGUGUGUGUGUGUGUGUGUGUUUGCGCGUUUGUAAGGGAAUAAUUUGUGAAUAAUUUGCUUUGUAUUUUUGCUAUACUUAAAUGUAUUAAAGCUAUAAUUAUUGAUUAUAAAAAGAACAUCACAGUUGUGUUUUAUUUUAUUUUACUGCUAGAAAAAGAAAGAAGCAGUGCACUAGUGAUAAACUCUGUGCACUAGUGAUAAACUCUGUGCACUAGUGAUAAACUCUGUGUUGUUUUGUGUUUGUAAAUUAAUGGAUAAAUAAAAAAAAUCUAACAAGUUUCA